AUGUCGGAAAAUACUAUGGAAGAAGACAAUGAUUCCUCUACGGCUGAGCCCACACAGCACGAUGUUGGCUGGAGACGGAUUGUUCGACAUUUUACGCCAUCAUGGUUUUCGGUGACCAUGGGCACAGGAAUCGUGUCCAUUCUGCUGAACACCUUGCCCUAUAAUGGUUCAUGGCUGUACUGGAUCUCAAUCAUCAUCUUUGUUCUGAAUGUGGUUCUCUUUGCAGCGGCCUGCGUCAUUACUGCGAUGCGGUACAUCCUCUAUCCCGACAUCUUCAUGGCCAUGAUCCGCCAUCCGGUCCAGUCGAUGUUUAUCGGCACCUUUCCCAUGGGCUUCGCGACUAUCAUCAACAUGUUCUGCUUUGUGUGUGUUCCGGCCUGGGGCGAGUGGACGAGGAAUUUCGCCUGGGGGAUGUGGAUCUUCGAUGCUGUGAUAUCGGUCAUGACGGCGCUGUCUCUUCCUGCUCUUCUAAUGAUGCACAUGCCCGAGGUGCAGCUGUCUUCCAUGACAGCCGUCUGGCUGCUGCCCGUCGUCAGCUGCGUCGUUGCCGCCGCCUCGGGAGCCAUUGUCGCCGACAUGCUCACCGACCCGCAGCAUGCGCUGUGGACCAUCAUCGUCAGCUACAUCCUGUGGGGGAUCGGCAUCCCAAUGGCAUUGAUGGUGAUGGUCAUCUACUUCCAGCGGCUGACGCUGCACAAAUUGCCUCCGAAGGCGAUGAUCGUGAGCGUCUUCCUGCCACUGGGCCCUCUUGGUCAAGGUGGUUUUGGACUCAUGAAGCUUGGAGCCGCCGCGCAGGCCAUAUUCCCCCAGACACAGACUCUGUCAGGUAAUGCAGGUUCGAUCUUCUACGCGGUUGGCAUGCUGGUCGCUCUCAUCAUGUGGGCCUUCGGGCUGGUGUGGCUGUUCUUUGCGUCUGCAUCGAUCGCCUACAGCAGGAACUUUCCCUUCAACAUUGGCUGGUGGGGAUUUACGUUCCCGCUGGGCGUUUUCGCGACGAGUACCUGCCAGUUGGGGAGGGAGUUGCCGUCGCGAUUCUUCCUGGUGCUUGGAACGAUCUUUUCCGUCGCUGUCACAUUACUGUGGAUCGUCGUGUCCGUCGGAACGGUGAAGGGCGUCGUUUCCGGGAAGUUGUUCUACGCUCCGUGUCUGGCUGACCUGCGAGUAAGGAAGAACGAGGAGAAGGACAACUCCAAGGCGGCUUGA